GUAAACAAAUAAUUUUUCUAUUUUCAACUCGAAAUAGUUUGCAGGCAAAUUAAUUUAAUUCCAGUGUCUAAGACUGCUCGAGUUGAUGACAGAUUGCGCCCACGCCUACACAACUAUCAAGUCAUUCACACUUAGUUAUUAUUAUUUGAAAAGUUCUAUUGGAAUGUUGAAAAUAAAGUAAAAGUUAAAAUAAUGGCUGUUGAUUUAAAGAAAAAUAAGGAUGAAAUCCUUGAUGCAUGGAAGAAAGUGACUGAACAUCAAGAUGGAUAUGACUGGGCACUUUUUGGAUACGAGAGUAAAUCAACAAUACUAAAAUUGGAUGCAAUUGGAUCAGGUGGAAUCGAAACAGUUGCUGAGGAGAUCAAUGAGGGCAAGAUACAGUAUGCAUUUGUCAGGAUUUUAGAUCCAAAUACACACCUUGUUAAGUUUUUAUUAAUUAACUUUCAAGGCGAAGCAGUGCUGGAUUUAGUACAUAAAGGGACCUGCUCAAACCAUAUUAGAGAUAUUAGUAAUUUACUAAAGAAUCAAUUAACGAUAACAGCAUCAACAAUUGAUGACUUAGAUGAAGACCUAAUUAUAUCAAAAUUAUCAAAAAUCACUUCAGCUUAUGACUUCCAAAAUCGUUCAGCACCAACCGACGAGAGAAUUGUGAUUGGAACAAAUUACAAAAAAGUCAUACCGACAAAAGAAAUUAAUUCCGUUAAGCGCGAUGAGUUUUGGAAGGAAGAAGAAAAGAUUGAAAAAGAACGUUUGGAGCUUGAAAGUCAGUCACGUCGUGUAGCAAAUUUAAAGCUUGAAGAAGAUCGUUUAAAACGUGAACAAAUGGAGCAUGCAAAACGCGAACAAAUGAAUAAAGCGUUAGAUGCAAAACAAAAGACAGUACCCAAACCUGAAAAAGUUGAAAUACAUCCAGUAAAACCAAUCAUCGAACGUGAUGAUAAUACGCGUCCAAAGGCUGAAGAAAUGCGAACUGAAAGACGUAAGGAAGCUCAAGAACUGAUUGGCAAUAAAGUUAAUACAGCUAAAAUGAUGUUUCAACAGCAGGCAGCUCAAACUACGUCAGUUAAAGCUACUGGUCCACCUAUAAAGCCUAUUCGUAAGACAAUUCCUAAGCAUGAGCCAGAAAUUAUUCCACAAAUCCCACAGAAAGAAGAAAUUCAAGAAUCUAGCCACGUUAUUGAAUCUUAUGAGCAGCAUGAAGAAGUAGAGCAUGAAGUAUCAACAAUAAAAAGAUCACCGAAAACACCAACAACACCAGAACAAAAUAUUGCAUUUAUUGAAAAUACCACAAAUGGUAAUAAGGCCGAAGAUGUGCAAAUUAUGCCACAAAUUGAGCCAGAGCCAGAACCACAACCUGUUGUCGUACAAGAAAGUAUUCAAGAAAUUUCCCAAGUUUAUGAGCUGGAACAGCCAGAGCAAGCCGCAGAGGACUUAAAUGAUCAGUCAAUGAUGAAGGCUGUGGCACUUUAUGAUUAUCAAGCUGUUGAUGAUACAGAAAUUUCAUUCGAUCCUGGCGAUUUAAUCACUCAUAUAGAUCAAAUUGAUGCAGGAUGGUGGCAAGGAUAUUCUAUGAGAUUCGGAACCUAUGGACUCUUUCCAGCUAAUUAUGUGCAACUCGUUGACGAUGACGCUCAAGGUCAAUAAGAAAAAUUAUCAACACAAGAAAUAUUAAAUAUUUUAAUUAUACAUUUCCUUUUUACAGUUAUGACUUAUGUUAAGAAUUAUUUUAAAAACAGGAAAAGAAAAGUAUUUCUAUGCAAUUUUACUAACCAAGUCUUUAUUUGCAAUUAAAUUCAUUUAAUGAAGAAAAAUAUAUAAAAUUUAACAUAUAUGUUAAUCUGUUUAAUCUAGUAUUAAUCUUGAUCAAUAAAAAGAUUCAUCUCUUCUGUCGUAAUAAUAUUGAGUAAUUGACUGUGAAUUAUAGCUCUUGAUG